AUGGAGGCUUUGGGUGGGGAUUGCAACUGGUUCGACCGCUUUGCUGCACAGCAUGCUGCAUUGCUGUACUACUGGCUCGUGACAGCCCUGUUCAUGGCCAGUCCCGAGAAUGCGUACAACUUCUCGCUUCUGGUGGAGGAGCAUGCAUACGUCACCUACUCCGUUUUUGCGGCCGAGAACGCUGAGCUCUUACGACGGGUUCCACCUCCGCCGAUCGCGGUGCAGUACUACGUCACUGGCAACAUGUACAACUUCGACAUGUUCCAAACAUCGAAGAAGUCCCAGGAGGCGGUGCGGCGGCCGCCCUGCGAGCACUUGCUGGAUGUGUUUCAAAACAUCCGAGACGACGAGUAUGAACACAUCCUCACCAUGAAGGCCUGCCAGGAAUGGUGGGGCGGCCGAGGGCCCUCCCCUGUGCCCACCGAGCCCAGGCUUGCUUCUUGUGCGGCGGAUGAAACCCUAAACCCUAAACCCUAA